ACGGUUAUUCGGUUUACGAAAAUAAAAUUGUACAUAUUUCAUUUCAUAUUUUUAUCUUUAUCGUAUUAGUUAAAAUAAUGUUGGGCUACACAACAAAAUAAAUAACAACAAAUUGAUGAUAAAUUAAAUAUAUAAGUCAACUAUAUAUAUAUAAAAAUCAAAAAGUGUAUAUUUGUAUAUGGAAUAGACUAAGCAAAGGGAGGAGUCUAUUUUGGACAAAAACCAGAGGAACACACAAAAAGUCUUGGAAUAUCCUAUAUCCUGGGUGGAGGAGGCGUACCAAAACAACAUUUGCAACAACCAGGCCUAGUGCAGAAGUAAUUGGAAAGCAAAACAAAUUAUUAAUUUUUCGAGUUUUAAAAUAUGCGUUGGACGGUUCAUUUGGAUGGUGGACCUCGCAGAGUAAAUCAUGCCGCCGUUUGUGUUGGCGACUUCAUAUUUUCCUUUGGUGGAUAUUGCACAGGUGAUGAUUAUCGGUUUAGCGAGUCGAUUGAUGUUCAUGUUUUAAAUAUACAGACUUUAAGAUGGACUCUACUACCGCAAAGAAGGGACGAAAAUGGAACAGUAUUGAAGUAUCCGGAAGUACCGUUCCAGAGAUAUGGACAUACUGCCGUGGCCCAUAAUGAUAAAAUAUAUAUCUGGGGCGGGCGAAAUGAUGAGAGCCUUUGUAACGUUUUAUAUUGCUUCGAUCCCAAGACUUUAAGUUGGUCAAGGCCACCCGUUACAGGUGCCAUACCCGGUGCUAGAGACGGACAUUCGGCGUGUGUCAUAGAUAACUGCAUGUAUAUUUUUGGUGGUUUUGUUGAAGAAAUCAACGAGUUUUCUUGUGAUGUACACGCUUUAAAUUUCGAUACAAUGGAAUGGCGAUAUAUUCAAACAUUUGGUGUUCCACCAUCGUUUCGGGAUUUCCACACAGCUGAACAUAUACAUGGGCGAAUGUAUAUAUUUGGUGGGCGUGGCGAUAAGCAUAGUCCAUAUCACAGUCAAGAAGAAAUGUAUUGCCCGGAGAUAGUAUAUUUAGAUCUUAAGACGAAAGUUUGGCAUAGACCAUCUACAACGGGAAAAGUUCCAGUUGGUCGCAGAAGUCACUCAAUGUUUAUAUACAACAAUUUAAUAUAUGUUUUCGGUGGAUACAAUGGUCUAUUGGAUCAGCACUUUAAUGAUUUAUACACGUUCGACCCGAAGGCAAAUUGUUGGAAUCUUGUUAAGCCUCAUGGGAAGCCACCGACGCCUCGUAGACGACAAGUUGGCAUUGUUAAAGGAUCUCGUUUAUUUCUGUUCGGUGGUACUAGUCCUUAUCCUCACGCAACGGCUCAGGAACAAGCAUUCCUCAUUGACAAUAAUGACACAAAUGUUUUGGAUUUUGAACCAACUUUGAAAACAUUAGCAAUACUGGCAGUAGUUGAACAUCGAAUAGAUACCACAUGGCUGCCCAGAGAGUUAAGACUGGAAAUUAAGGCCAUGACACAGCCAAAUUCCAUAAGCCGACCCAUCAAUCAUGCUGGUUGAACAAAAUGAUAAUUCAGUCAUCGCACAUUUCUAUUUUAAAUAUAAAAGUGUAGAAAGUAGUGUGGGGGCGUCCCAUAAUCCAUUGAACAAAAAAUGAAGGCAAUCGUUUUAGGAAAGUGUAAAAAGUAUUAAGUAUCCAAAUUUUAUAAGAAAAAAAAGGAAAACAAUGUAUAGAAUCAAGGACGUAAUUUCGUACUUUUACUAAACGAUUUACCUAAGACAACAUUUCCCAUGUUUAUUAUGUAUGGUGGAUAUACCCUUUGCAAAAAACAAAUUUCCAAUAAGUCUGGUCACACAUCGUUAAAAUAGCGCAAUUACACACAAAAUAAAACACGGUAGCUACUAGUUAAAAGUAUAAAAAUUGUUUUGAGAAACUUGCAAACUGCCAACAAUACAAUUGUUUCUUUUGAUAUCUGUUUUAUAAGUUUUUUUUUUAAUUUCAUAUAUCAUUUAAUAGAUUCUUUAUUUAUUUUCUCUCUAACGUGUAAAGUUUGCAAACGAAAAGUAUUUUAGAAAUUAAAAACAACUUGUUUUAUUAAAUCUUUUUUUUUUUUUUUUUUCUAUGAAAAAAAUUCAAUAUAUGUACAAUACUUUUUAAAUAAAUCUGUGAGAUACAAUAAAUCUCGAUUCAAAAAUAAAAUUUUUCUUGCAAUUACAGCUUA